UACAUGACUUUGAUUUUCAACAUAUUGCUGUAUGUUUCUGUAAAUGAUCAACUUCCAAAAUUGGUGGAUCCUUUGAAUGAGAAGAACUACGUCAGCUUUGAUUUCCUAUGUAACAUGCACAUUCUCUACAGCUAUUCCUUCGCUAUUCUCCUUGCCUUUGCUUUCUUGAGACUUCUCAAGUAUCUCAACAUUGUCCACGCCAUGUACCAACUACAGUCCAUGAUCUCAAGGGCAAUGCGAGACAUUUUGAGCUUUUCCAUCCUCUUUUUCUACCUUUACUUUGUUUUUGCCAUGGUCGGUCUGUUUUUGUUUGGAAGUAAGUUGGAGGACUACAAGACAUUUCCCUUGGCAGUGUUUUCACUGCUGCGUUCCUCUGUCGGAGACUUCAACUACGCAAACCUGGUGCAAGCAGACCCAUUCAUUGGUCCACUCUUCUUCUUUACUUUCAUUUUCUUCUGUACAUUCAUUUUGGUGAACAUCUUCCUUGCCAUCCUAGUGUCCAGAUAUGAGGAGGUGAGAAGCGAGGUUCGUAUUGGAGGAGCGAAAACGUUCAUCGGAGAGAUGUUGAAGCUCUGGUUUCUCCGGCUUCUUGAGCGCAUGGAGUGUCACUGGCUACGCUCACAGAUUGAGCGCAAGCAGUUUGAAAAGAAAAUCAGAUCACCCACAGAGGCCAUACGUCACUAUUUGCGACAGGCUGGUUACUCUGAACUAGAAAUCGAGCUGUUUUUCAAGAAAUAUGAUAUCACUGACUCAAAAAUUGCUGCAAUAGAUGAGGAUAGGAUCAGCUUCAGAUCAGGUGAAAGAGAAGCUCCACCUCCCCUGUCUCAAAAGGACAUAUUGCGCUACAUAGUCAUACAGAAGCUGGAGUACUUGGAAAACCACUAUCAAGCUGCUAGUAAGCUGAUUGACGAGUUCCUCAACAAACUAACAAAGUUUGAGAAGAAACAGUAACUUUUAACAUUAAGUUUGUGAAGAUUUUUCCA